AAAUAUAUUGAUGGGAGUUGAAUGUGGAGUCCAACACCAAACGAUGGUAUUAGAGAAGGGAAGAGGAAAAACAGUAGCGCAAGUCCAUCAAGAGAGAGAAAGAGAGAGAGAAAGCGGCAAAUGGAUCUCCCGCCGUUAAUUCAUCACCACCCCAAUUCUUCAAGGUAUGCUCAUAUCCCUUCUCAAUUGCCCGAUGAUCCUAAUUUCUAUGGUAAUCACCGCCACCACCACCAUCUUCUGCAACCUUCGCCGGCACUCCCUCCGCCACCUCCGCCACCAUCGUACCGUCCUCUCACCGUUCCUCCACCGCCGCCGCCCUUCAGCCCCCACCAAUCUCAAUUCACUUUUCGUAGCGCUAACCCUAGCCCUAACCCUAUUCGUCUGAUUGAUGACGAACCCGGAUCUCUCCAUCACCACCACCACCGCCAUCUUGAUGUGGGUCGGUCACCACAUAGGGUUUCUAAUCGGACCCUUUUGGACGAUGAUCGUCACCGUCUUCGCGUGCACCACUUUGAUAAUUCACGUCCCGAGUUUUGGGAGCCUUCCAGGGUUUCGACCGAGAACCGGCCGCCGAGGCUGUACCCUGUCAUCCGAUCAGAUCACGAGACCAGUCAUCACCGAUCAUUUAAUCACAAUCCCGUUUCACCGUUCCGUGCAAUCGGUGAGUUUAGGCAUGAUCCGGAGGGUAGUUCUAGGUUUAGGGAUGAAAUGAAUGGUGGAUUUGAACAUAAACGGGUCGAGGAGUUGGUGUGGGGUCGAGGUGAGGGUCGUAGCCAUGAUGAUUUUGAUCGCCACAGCCAUUUGGUACAGAAUGCUAACAAAUCUUUGAGGAAUAUUGGUUUUGGUGAUUCUCAUUUUGUUGUGGAACCCGACUCCUCAAGUUUGGGGAAUUAUGACUCAAGAUACGGCUCGUCACGUGAUGAGGAGUUCAUUAGGAAUGGCAGAGGUGAUGGAGUGAGUGAAAAUCAGAGGUGGGCUCAUAGUAGACAACCCCAAAGAGACGUGGCCAACUAUUUAAUUGGUCUGGAAAACAAUGAGAUUGAUGAUGGCGGUGGGGUUCAGGUUUACUCCUUCAAACGAGGCCCCAAUGCCCUGGAGUUGGGAAAAUUUACUAAUAGGGGGAGCAGGGAGGGUAGUCAUGAAUUCACUCGCUCCCCCAGAAAGAAAAUACAGAAGAAGAGUGCCCUUCUCAGGAUUCAACUGCAGAAGCCUAGUCCUAGAAAGAGAGAUGAUGGGCAGUUUUAUUAUGAUGAGUCCACCUCUAGUCAAUAUAGAGGUAAAGAUCCCCUUGAAUAUUUGGAUCAUGGAAUGGCAGACAAGAGAGAAAGGAGUCCAGUAGAGCUUGAUGUUUCUUUCAAAUCCAAUUCACUAGUAGCCAAGGCAAUUAUGGCCCCUUCAAGCCCCACGGUUGUUUCUGAUAGAAAUUUGCGUUUGAUACCUAGGAACAGAGAGCUUAGGAAAAUUACACUGCCUAAUAUGGAUAAUUCAAGUUCACAGCUGAAUAAACUCAAUGAGGAACCUGUAAAACGGGAUUGCUUGCCAAGUGUUGUGGCCGACCCAUCCUUGUGUCAUAAAGAUCCAAAACAGUUGAAGGAGAAAGUGACAGCUUCUGGUCUUGAAACUGUGCAAACUUUUAGUUCAAAGCCUUGUUCCAGUGGGACCAAUAUUUCACUGGAAAACAAUAGAGUGGAAGGAUGUCUUAACAGUAUGGUUUCAGAAAAGGUUGCUGCCAGCAUUGGUUCUGGUGGAAUGUCUUCACCCAAGGUCACAAAGAAGAAGAAAGUCAUGAGGAAAGUAUCGAUUCCUAUUUCUCGUGCGUCAAAUUCACAAUUAACAAAGAAACGAGGAGAAGCUCCAGGUAGUUCCACCCUUAGGCCAUCUGCAGCCUCUAGCUCCAAUAAUGCAGCACAUCCAAAAGAGAAAAUAACUUCUGCUGGUUUAAUUUCAGUCGCUGGUGUUAAUGAAGUAAUUGCAUUGUCUAAGAAUAACAAAGUGAAUGAGUCUCUGCUGUCAAAUAUUUCAGAGAAAAGUAUCACUGACACUGUUUCUGGUCAGGCAUGUGUAGCUGAGCUUACAGAAAAGAGGAACAGAUUAAGUCCUCCUUCAGGGUUUUCCAGUCAGAAGGAAACCAACUUUCAUGAGGGUCCCAUAAAUACUGAAGGAUCCAUGCAUGAUUUGAAUGUCAUCUCAAAUUCUGAAAAGGGUCUAACUAGAUCUCCAAAUGAAACAACUUAUACUGACAUUGAUGGUAUAAGUGACGUUAGCAUGCAGAUUUGUCAAAAUGGUCCGAGUGUGUCACUUGAGAAUGAUGUUUUAAAAGGAUCUUCAGAGACUAUGCUUUCAGUAGGAGGCAAUGUUAAUGUUUGUUUGUCAAGUUUAGAGGAAACAAAGAUUCAAGAGGGUCUUGCCAAUACAAAUAAUUCCGUCCAUGAUUUCAAUAUUGGAUCUAGUUCUGAUUGUGAUUUAAUUAAGACACAAGAGAAAAUUUCCACCUCUGAUAUUGGCACUGUGGGUGCUGUGAGCAGCCAUCCUUGUUCUAACCACAUCAGUGUACUGCUUGAGAAUCCAAGGCCUUUUUCUUUAGGAGGGAAUGCGAGUGUUCCUGUUCUAUGUUCUAAGGAAAACAGAACUCAUGAGGGUCCCUUAAACGUGGAUGGCUCCAGUAAUGGGACAGGGACUGCCUUGACUUCUGACAACGGUCUUACUAAAUCACAAGAGAAAAUUACUGCUUCUAACACUGGUAUUGUGGAUGAUGCUGGCAAGCAGCUGUCUCAAGAUGGGGUCAUCAUGUCAGUUGAGAAUGGUGCCAUAGAGAGACCUGCAAAAGAUAUGGCUUCAAUGGGAGGCAAUCUUAAUGUUGAUUCUGGUAAGGAUUAUACACCCAAGGGUAAGAAAAAGAGAAAAAUUAGAACCUCUCAGUCAGAUUUGUCUCAUUCAGCAAAAGUGCAUGUGAAACCUCUAAAUGUAAUCACCUCUAGACAUGAUGUGGAUGCAACCUUAAGUUGUUCUAUGAAGGAUCCUAGCCUUGCAAAUUCUUAUGUUGCGAGUUUGAAGGUUGGCUCAGAAGCUUGUGAAGAUAGGGUCAGUGUUUUGCAUGGGAACAGUUCAAUGAAAGACCUUUCUGAGACUAAGGUUUCUUUUAGAGAUGUUGAUGUUGGUCAAAAUGGGACUUCUCCUAAGCUCAAAAAGAGGAGGAAAGGCUUUGUUCCUGAUCCAGGUUUUUCUAGCCCAAUGGGGCCUGAGAUCCACAAGGAAUCUCUAAUUCCAGAUGCCUCAACGAUUGGUCCUGAAGUGCCUUCAAAUUCUAAUGAUUGUCUUACACAAUCAGAAGAGCAAGUUCCAGUCUCUGUCAUUACUAUGUCUGCUACUGGUUUGCAGCCUUGUCUGGAGGGAAACACUGUAUUGCCUGAGAACAGAACAACAAGAGGAAAUUUUGAGGCCAUGAGUUCAGUAGGAGAUGAUUCGAGUGCCAAUGAUAUGAAAUUUGUGCAACCAAGUGUUAUUGUUGAGGAGUUAGCCAUUCCAAGUUUGCAAUCUUCUUGUCCAUCAGGAUUGAGGGUUGAGCAGAUAGAAACUCCAGGUAUGUCUUCUAUUGAUCAUCAAAAUGAGGUUAUGGGCCUGGAAAGUGGAAUUAGAGAAAGAAUCAGUGUACAUGGUCUGGAAGAGCCGGGUAUGCUUCACAGGGGGACUGCUGACUGCAAAAGUACUGCAGCCCUUGAGACUCUGGACUUGAAUCGUAAACAACUCAGUACAGGUAUGGAAUGUGAUACUCAUACUCUUAUGAAGGAUGAUAAACAACCUACUGUAUCAAACUAUCUGUCUAUAGCUGCUGAUGGCAAUGGAGUCUCUCCUACUAACUCCAAUGAUGAACUGAUGCAAUCUCUGCCUGAUACACUUUCCAACAUGGCCUCUCCUGAAACCUUGCCCAUUAUUCCAGGUCUACACACGUUGGAUACUGAACUAUCAGUUGAGCAAAUUUCAGAUCAAAAGGGUUGUGGAGAUGACAGAAAAUCAGAUGAAAAGCCUAUGGUUGAUUGUGGUUCUGUUUUAUUUGCCCAUAAUUCAUGUUCACAGAGUUCCGAAAGUAAUUUUAAAUUAGAUGAUGCAAUAGGAAGUGAUAAUUCAAUCAAUGGGAAAACAGUACAACCAUCAUCACAGGAUACCAAAAGAACAACACACAGUGUAAAUCUUAUUAGUGGAGAGUUGAAUGGGAGCAAAAACCAUCUAAAUAAUUUGGUUCCUAGGGUUUUUCCAGCUCCUUCAUCCUUUUUCCUUGCCAAUUCAAAGAAGACAGCUUCUUCAACUCACAUUGCAAAACCCCGAACAUGGUAUCGAACUGGGGCUUCGUCUUCAUCAUUAAAGAAGCCUCUCUCGAUUGCAUUUCCUCCACAAAGGCAGUUGAAAAAAAUUGGAAAGGUACAAGGUACUUCUUACAUUCGUAAAGGCAACAGCCUUGUAAGAAAACCUGCUCCAGUUGCUGUUAUUCCCCAGGGUUCACAUGGUUUGAGUUCCUCUGUUUACCGAUUGAAUCCUUCUGGUGUAGAUGAAAUGAGAAAGAGAACAGGAUCUGAAAGCAGAACUGAUGUUAUUGACCCAUCUAAUCGCUCAAGCACAGGAGCAACAGAUGCUCCUUCUGAGAGGCCUCAAACACCUCCAUUACCCCAUUCCACCAAAUUACCAAAAUUCACUACCAUCUCUUCAGGUGAUUGCACAACUUCCCCAUUGGUGGAUCCUCUCCUAAAUGGUUGUUCAGGAAAUAUGCCAGACCCUGCAGAGAAUAUCAAAAUGCCAAUGUCUUCUGAGGAUGGAGCAAAGUCUUCUGGAAGUACAGAAAAUCAAACUGGUUUGAUCAAUAAUUUGGAAAGCCAGAGUGUCUUAAAUGAUGGAAAUUCGGAGUCUUCAAAAUUGAAGAGGAUAACAUAUGUGAAGCGCAAGUCAAACCAGUUAGUUGCUGCUUCAAAUCCACAUGACAUGUCUGUUCAAAAUGCAGAUAAAACCCCAGCAUUAUCCUCUGAUGGUUACUACAAGAGGAGGAAAAAUCAGCUCAUUAGAACGUCGUUGGAAAGUCACAUCAAGCAGACAGUUGCCAUUCCAGAUGACGGUUCAAACUCUGAGGGGCAAAGGCCCUCCAAGCUUGUUUCAAGCAAAAGUUCUAGCAAGAGGCCAUCUGAUAAAGUUUUAUCAAAGACACGUGAACCUUCAAAAUUCUCUUUAGUUUGGACACUAAGAGGUGCACAGUCAUCAGAAAAAGAUGGUAAUUCAGUUCAUAGUCAAGGGGUAUUGCCUUCUCUAUUUCCAUGGAAAAGAGCAACAUACUGGAGAAGUUUUAUGCAUAAUCCAGCUUCGAUUUCCAACAGUACUUCAUUAUCAAUGAUCAGUAGGAAAUUGCUACUCUUGAGAAAGAGAGAUACAGUUUACACGAGGUCAACUGGGGGAUUUUCCCUCCGAAAAUCCAAGGUAUUAGGUGUCGGUGGGUCUAGUCUGAAAUGGUCAAAAUCCAUUGAAAGACAAUCCAAAAAAGCUAAUGAGGAAGCUACACUAGCAGUUGCUGCAGUCGAAAGGAAAAAAAGAGAACAGAAUGGUGCUGCUUCUGUUAUUUCUGAGACAGAAAGUAGAAAUCAUUCUUCCCGUAAGUCAGUUCAUAAUAUAAUGCUGCACCCAGGUGAGCGUAUAUUUCGUGUUGGUUCAGUCCGCUACAAAAUGGAUUCUUCAAGACGGACACUUCAGAGGAUUUCAGAUGGGGAUUCAACAUGCUCUGCAGCUCUACAAUCAGAAAAGAAUGCAAAGAAACCUUACAUUCCAAGGAGAUUGCUGAUCGGCAAUGACGAAUAUGUUCAGAUUGGCAAUGGUAAUCAGCUUAUCAGAAAUCCAAAGAAACGUACUCGCAUCUUGGCAAGUGAGAAAGUUCGAUGGAGUUUGCACACCGCCAGGCUGCGCUUGGCUAAGAAGUGGAAGUACUGUCAGUUUUUCACAAGAUUUGGGAAAUGCAACAAGGAUGAUGGAAAAUGUCCAUAUAUUCAUGAUCCCUCUAAAAUUGCAGUCUGCACAAAGUUUCUGAAUGGUUUAUGUUCCAACCCCAAUUGCAAAUUGACUCAUAAGGUCAUUCCAGAAAGAAUGCCAGACUGUUCUUAUUUUUUGCAGGGUUUAUGCAACAACGAAAGCUGUCCUUAUAGGCAUGUAAAUGUGAACCCAAAUGCAUCUGUUUGUGAAGGCUUUCUUAGGGGCUAUUGUGCUGAUGGCAAUGAGUGUCGGAAGAAACACAGCUAUGUCUGCCCCAUCUUUGAAGCUACUGGAAGCUGUCCUCUAGGAUCCAACUGCAAGCUUCACCAUCCCAAAAACCGAAGCAAAGGAAAGAAGAAGAAACAAUCAAGAGAGCUAAAUGCCCAAGGAAGGUACUUUGGUUUUAGGCAUGUCAACAAUCGUGAUCCAGAAAAGGUGGUGUCUGAAAUUGAAAAGGACACUGCAAAGAACAAUGAUGACAUGUCAUUUCAAGAAGGAAGAUUUGCUGAUUAUAUCAGCCUGGAUGUUAGUGAUGAAGACAUUGGAAGUAUCAAUGGUCCAAGGACCCAGCAAACAACCUUGUUUGGCAGUGAACCAUCAUAUUUGCAUUUGGACGAUCUGGAUGAGCUGAUUAAACCAGUCCUUAUAAUGAAUAAGAAUUUGACAGCAUAAUUGUCUGCUGUAUUGGCAUGCUAAGUAUGCCAUGGAGGAGUCUGAUGUAAUGAGGUAAUAUAGUUUAUAUUCUUGUUUUCUGCUAUUGCAGAUUUUUUUUUUUUUUUUUGUCCAUUUUCUGUUAUUUAUAACUGUUGUACACAGACCAUUACAGAAAUAGAGAAAUGAAAUGAUGUUAAAGAAGCAUUGAAUUUGAUGGAAUGAAUUGAGCCACAAAAAUUCUGGAGUCC